AUGCAUUUGGACACCAAAGCACUGCGCCACCUGGCCGCUGAGGACUGGCGCGUCCUCGCAGCGGUCGAACAAGGCACGAAGAACCACGAGUUGGUCCCGACACCGCUCAUCGAGAAAUUGUCGCGCCUCCGCGGCGGUGCAAAUGGCGUUCACCGGUCCAUCUCGAAUCUCGCCAAGGUCGGCCUCAUCGCUAAGGUCAAGGAGGCCAAGUACGACGGUUACCGCCUGACAUAUGGCGGUCUCGACUACCUAGCGAUGCAUACGUACUCAACUCGCAAGGAGGUCUACAGCGUCGGCAGCAGAGUUGGUGUCGGCAAGGAGAGUGACAUUGUGAUGGUAGCCGACGACAGAGGCAUGCAGUGCAUCCUCAAGAUCCACAGAUUGGGCCGUAUUUCCUUCCGGACAGUUAAGUCAAACCGAGACUACCUCAAGAACAAGCAGUCCGGAUCGUGGAUGUAUCUGUCGCGGCUUGCAGCAAUGAAGGAGUUCGCUUUCAUGAAGGCUCUGAAAGAGGAGGGGCUUCCCGUACCCGAGCCCAUCGCACAAAACCGGCACACCAUCGUCAUGUCCUUCAUCGACUCGUUUCCUCUUCGCCAAAUCUCCUCCAUCCCCGACCCUGCUACACUCUAUGCUGAGCUGAUCGAUUUGAUCCUCCGCUUGGCCAAGCAUGGACUCAUCCACGGCGACUUCAACGAGUUCAACAUUCUCAUCAAGGAGGAGACUUCCGUCACCAAGACGGAUGAAGGAGAAGAAGAGACAAUUAAAUUGAUCCCGAUAGUCAUUGACUUCCCGCAAAUGGUUUCAAUGGACCAUCAAAACGCCGAGAUGUAUUUUGAUCGAGAUGUCGACUGCAUCAAGCGCUUUUUCAACAAGAGGUUUCACUUUACUAGCACAACCCCCGGACCGUUCUACAAGGACGCCAAGAAGCUUGUUGGCAAGGGCGGCGUCAAGAGGAUAGAUGCGACCUUGGAAGCAUCAGGGUUCACAAAGAAGAUGGCCAAGGACCUGGAAAAGGCUAUCCAAGAGCAGGCUGCAUCCAAGGGUGAUGAAGGUGACCUUGGUGGCGACGAGGACGAGGAGUAUGGCUCCGACGAAGAGGAUGAGGAAGAGAGCGAGGAGGCAGCUGACGGUGAGGAGCCCACUGAGCCAUCAGCAAGUGGAGAGGGAGAGGAUGCAUCAAAAAAUGGCAAGGAAAAAGAUGACAUUGAUACCCAAAAGUUUUCAAAGCUGGCAAUAGCAGACGGGGCAUGA